GGCGAGAGGAACAAUUAUUCGCAUUAUUCCGCAGCGGCGGCUUUUUAUUAGCAUUGCGUCAAUAAUCGCGGCCAUUGGCGCAACAGACAUACGUUAUGACCGAGGCCGAUCCCUCAACAAGGCUGCCAUCGAAGCCACCAACUAUGCGCGACCGAUCAUAGACGUCCAGCAAGGCCAGUCUCAAUUUUCAAGGCUGGUGAUUUACGAGUUGUCACACUAACAGCAAGCAAAUGGCAACGCAGCUCCCUUCCCCUCCGUCCACGCCUCAACCUGAGAGCAAAGACGGCCCAGUUGCUGUGGAAAAAGAUGUCUUUCCAGCUGUAGAACCAGAAGAGCUCGGAGACGAAACACCACUCUCCGAGCGUCUGGAUCGACUCCUCGAGUCAUACCUACAACUCCUAGAUACAUACACCAUCCUCCGCGAGCAUUUAUCCAAGGAUCUAUCCGCAGGCUUCUUCGCCCUCGCCUCAUCAAAUCGAAACUCAUCACUAGGUCCCGGCCGACGAUACGGCGAGGAAGGAUACGACCAGCGGAUGAAAGCUUUACGGACCGUACGAUUCGAGCCGAAAACAACUUACCCUUCAAUCAAGGCUGCAAGAGAAGAACCGGAGAUCAGCACAGAGGAAACAGCACAAGUCAAGGAGGAAACAUCGACUGAAGGACAACCCGCGGAGACUCCUUCAGACCCUGGAACACAACUGGGAGGUAUCCCUUCCAAAACGAAGUCACAGGAAAACGAUAAGCAAAAUGACUCGAAAUCAUCGUCCCCAUCAAACCCGACACACAACCCGUCUCACCACACACUCUGCUACAACUAUACCAUCCACACCAGCACGCCACCACCGACAUCCAAGGACCCGUUAAAGUGGUACGGCAUCCUCGUCCCGCCACCGCUACGACAGUGCCAGACACACUUUCGAAAUGCGGUCUCAUCCACAAUACCAGACCUUCUCAGCACGACGUCGGAGAUGCAACUACUCGAAAAACAGAUCUGGGAACUUCGUCGUGAACUAGGACUGACAGAAGGACAUGAGCAGCACGGAACGAUUGCGAAAACCUGCGGUCAAGAAACGCAAGAAAACGGAGAAGGAGACGAUGAUCCUUUGCUCUCUUCAAUGUCUCCGAGCAAAGACGAGUCUACUUCGCGGAAGCAGCUGCCUUUAAGAAAGGCCUCACUGCUGUCGCCGUCAUCUCCAACAAGACCUGCCGAACCUCGAUCUCGUAUCCUGAAGCUCGGCUAAGCCGUCAUGAAGACUGUCUCAGAUCGUAAUGUGGAGAUUGAGUUCCGCGAUCUCUCAACACCAAGUGUUCGAGACAUAAAGUCUAAAUACUUAAUCGACCAGUUGAUUCUGGCUGCCCAAAUAUCUAAGUUGCCUAUAUCUGUAGAGCAUGCGGAAGCACACUUCAUAACUCUAGACUAAAACC